AAUUAGAUUUAUAUAAUGGCUUUUUACUCCUACAGAGGAGGGAUAGGUAGUUAGGUACCUACCUGUUGCGUAUGAAGAAAUUAAAAUUACGAUUUAUGUCAAGGGUAAAAAUAUCGACGAAUUUUAUACUCCAGUUGUUUUGCACAUUGUACUUUUAUGGUUGAGUUUUGAUCUCUCAGGCCCUUUUUUCUUUUUUUCGAAGAAAAUGUUCGCUUUAAUUGUGUUUAUUUUAGCAUUUUCGAGUACUUUUCAAUCUUUCAAAUGUCAAAAUACGCAAUAUCAAAACGGGUACAUGCCCCAAAAUGGAGCCAGGCAAGUGAACCCAAACACAGGCCAACAAGUGGACGUUAAUGGAAAUCCAAUCCCACAAGGUCAACCAAUCAAUGGCCAACAACAACCCAUGCCUACGAAUGGCAACCUGCCAGGCAUGGGAAAUCAGAUGCCAGGCCAGAAUCCAAUGCCAGGUCAGAACCCGAUGCCAGGUCAAAACCCGAUACCAAAUCCAGGAUUUCCACAACAGAAUCCAUCUCUAGGAGGACAAAACCAGCAACCUCAGUUUCCACAAAACCCACAAAUGCCCGGAGUUAAUAUAAAUCAGAACCCAAAUCAAUACGGUCCUAAUGGCCGUGUAAACCAUUACCCAGAGGCUCCUCAUGACUUGCAUUUGUUUCCGGAGGGUGAAUUCGCGUACGGAUACAUCAUGCAUACGAUCGCUUCGAUGCUGAAUAACCCAACAUCCAGGAAUAAUUUAUUCAGUCUGUUUAACAACCUGCAAAUGGUGAUGAGUAAUCCGAAAUCGGGGCCGAUUAUUCAAGAGUUUUUUAACCGCUGGGCUCACGCGAUCGAUGGGACUACUGGUACGUAUCCGACCAAUGUCGUCAUGCAAAACGUGCCGACAUCGACAUCUUUUCUAGAUACGUUAAAAAAGAAGGGAAACGUUUUGCUUAACUUGGCCAAAGAUGUAACUGUGGCUAAAACGAAAGCGUUAAAUUCGCUUUUCGACAAUUCUAUAUUUUCUUCUGCAGCUCAAAUCGGUUCGAAUUGGGCCAACACCGGAAUGCAAGCUGUUCAAGGUACGAUAUCGCCAUUGUUAGGUUCCAUACCAAAUAUAAACGGACAACCGAUGACUGUUACCACACCGAUGACCGUAACUACUCCGACAAUAACAGUUCAAUAAUCUAAAAAAAAAAGAAGCUAAAAAAAAUCGAAUAAUUUUUUUUAAAAAAAUGUAAUUUAUUGUCGAUUGUUAUAUCAACGUUUGAAAAUGGCAGUUCGUAGGAAAGUUGUAGUACAACUGAAUCUACAGCUAAAAAUAAAAUCUAUUUUUAAUAAAAGUACAAAUAAAGACAUUAAAAAUUU